GAUGACUUCCGAAUUGUAUAAUAUCACUAACACGGCUAAAGCAUCACGUCAACGACUGUAAAAAUGGCAUUUUAAGUGCCCUGUUUACAGACAGAGCAAUCAGUUAUUGGGUAUAAGGGCUAGGGAACUUAGUUUGCAACAUCAUUUCUGCUGAAUUGUUUUAGAGGAAGAUGACUUUCAGUUUGAGAUUUGGACCAGCCUUCGUUGGCUUGGCGUUGGUGUUCUUGUACUCACAAACGACCAGCGCCGGAAAAUGUCCUCCACUCCGCUGUUCAUUGCGUCUUUGCCCAUAUGGCCGUGUCAUUGGCAAGAAUGGAUGUCCAACGUGCCUCUGCAAACCACGUAAAUGUCCGAUAUAUCGUUGCCUUCGAUUCUGUCCUAAUGGUUAUGUAAUGAAAAAUGGAUGUCGAACAUGCCAAUGUAAACCACGUAUAUGUCCGAUAUAUCGUUGCCUUCGAUUCUGUCCUAAUGGUUAUGUAAUACAAAAUGGAUGUCGAACAUGUCGAUGUAAACCAUGUCCGAUAUAUCGUUGCCUUCGAUUCUGUCCUAAUGGUUAUGUAAUGAAAAAUGGAUGUCGAACAUGCCAAUGUAAACCACGUAAAUGUCCGCUAUAUCGUUGCCUUCGAUUCUGUCCUAAUGGUUAUGUAAUGAAAAAUGGAUGUCGAACAUGUCAAUGUAAACCAAAGCCAAGUCCGAUAUGUCCAAAAUUCCAGUGCCUUCUAUUUUGUCCAAGUGGUUACAUACUUGAUAUCAGGGGAUGUCCAACUUGUCGAUGCAAACGAAAAUGCCCACUUCUCAAAUGCCGUGCUUGUCCACCAGGACAAACUUAUGUAAGAGAUAGAAAUGGCUGCCGAACGUGCCUGUGCAGAAGAAAAUGCCUAAUUCCCCAAUGUCGUGCUUGUCCACCAGGACAAACUCAUGUAAGAGACAAAAAUGGCUGCCUAACGUGCCUGUGCAGAAGAAAAUGCCCACUUCGCCUGAAAUGCCUUCCUUGUUCAAGAGGACAAAUUUAUGCAAAAGAUAGAAAUGGUUGCCAAACUUGCCGGUGUAUAAGAAUAUGCCCACUUCGCAAAUGCCUUCUUUGUGCACCAGGACAAAUUUAUGCAAAAGAUAGAAAUGGUUGCCAAACCUGCCGGUGUAUAAGGAAAAGUCAUAAUUGGCUUUAAGAUGUGGACACGACGAAUAUUAAUUAGCUAUACAGCAGUUUGUUCUUCAAUGUAAUGUUUAGUUGUAUGAUUUGAAUUCCAAUAAAUGUCCACAGAACAUCA